AUGGAGGGGCAACUUGCUCGCGAUUUAGAAGAAGUGGUGCUCGAGCUCGAGGAGGACAUGGUGCUGCUGCCUGAAGGAGAGAUCAACGUCGUACGCGCCGCUACCCCUAUCCCUGAGGCGGUCCAUGAGAGCUCCCACGCUCAAGGGCAAUCGACGAGUGGACUUGGGGUGGUUGAGGGGUCGCUCAAUAGCCCAACUCCCCCGGAAUCUGAGGCGAUUGGGCAAGGGGGAAUGAGAGGGGGGCGUGGCUGCGUUGGGAUUGGAUUGGAGAGCAUUCCAGAGAGUCAGCCUGAGGAUGACAUUCCUCCACCCCCUGGGAUCGUGCCGGGCGCAUGCACGUCGGGGUUCAUCACCCCGAAUGCCAGGGAGACCAAGGAGCGGAGAAAAGGAGAGGAGUGGGAGGUGAUGCAUCGUUGUAUGGCGUUGAAGCAGGGGCAGGCGGGGAACCGAUCGGGGAAGGUGUUUCGAGAUGACGCUGUAGGAGCAGGGAAAGGGGGUGAGGGUCUGGAUUUGGGGCCGGAGAAGGGUGAGGGAGGAGAGGGGAGGAAGCAGAGGGGUCUGGUCGGCUGA